AUGAAGGCUAGCGGAUUAUGCCAACAAUUGAAUAAGUGCAUGUGGAAUCAACUUGUCGUAUCGAGGAAGUGUAUAAAGAAGUUUGUUUGUAAUUAUUCAACAAAGAUUAGUCCAAUAGAGAUAUCAAAAAUAUUAGAAAAGAAAUUUGAAUCUUUUAAUUUCAAAACGUCGUCUAACGAAGUUGGUUAUGUGUUGAGUGUUGGUGAUGGUAUAUGUCGAGCUUAUGGAUUGAACAAUGUAAAAUCUUCUGAGUUGGUAGAGAUACAUAAUGAGGAUGAUAAAGGGAGUGUUACGUAUGGAAUGGCUACGAAUUUAGAAUAUGAUAAUGUUGGAAUUGUAAUAUUUGGAAAUGAUAGAAAUAUAAAAGAAGGAGAUGUAAUAAAGCGUACAAAUCGUAUUAUAGAUGUUAAUGUUGGAUAUGAAUUAUUAGGUAGGGUAGUUGAUGCAUUAGGUAAUUGUAUAGAUGGAGAGAAGAAUGUAGUUACUAAGGAGAGAAGGAAAAUAGAAAUCAAAGCACCAGGUAUUAUAGCUAGAAAAAGUGUGAAUGAAUCUAUUAUUACUGGUAUAAAAUGUAUCGAUAGUUUAGUACCUAUAGGAAGAGGUCAGCGUGAAUUAAUUAUUGGAGAUCGACAAACUGGGAAAACAGCGAUAGCUAUAGAUGCUAUUAUUCAUCAGAAGAAUAUUAACGAUAAUGUUCUUAAUAACAAUGAAAAGGUUUAUUGUAUAUAUGUUGCUAUUGGACAGAAAAAAAGUAAUAUUGCUAAAUUAGUUAAUUUAUUAAAAAAAUAUGAUGCUUUAAAAUAUACAAUUAUUGUAAAUUCGAGUGCUUCUGAUGCUUCUCCUUUACAAUUUCUUGCACCUUAUACAGGCUGUGCAAUGGCUGAAUUUUUUCGAGACAAUGGAAAACACGCAUUAAUUAUUUUUGAUGAUUUAAGUAAGCAAGCUGUUGCUUAUCGACAGCUGUCUUUAUUAUUAAGAAGACCCCCGGGAAGAGAAGCAUAUCCUGGUGAUAUUUUUUAUAUACAUUCCAAGUUAUUAGAAAGAUCAUCUAAGUUGAAUGAUAAUUUAAAAGGAGGGAGUUUAACAGCUUUACCUAUUAUCGAGACAUUAAAUAAUGAUGUCUCAGCAUAUAUACCUACUAAUGUUAUAUCUAUUACGGAUGGGCAAAUAUUUUUAGAAAGUGAAUUAUUUUAUAAGGGAAUUAUACCUGCGAUUAAUGUAGGUCUCAGUGUUUCAAGAAUUGGUAGUAGUGCUCAAUAUAAUUGUAUGAAAAAAUUAGCAUCAUCCAUGAAACUUGAAUUAGCUCAAUUCAGAGAAAUCGUUGCCUUCUCACAAUUUGGAUCAGAUUUGGAUGUAUCUACAAAAAAAUUAAUUGAGAAAGGUAAAAUUUUAACAGAAAUAUUAAAACAAAAACAAUAUUCUCCUGUUAAUAUAAGCUAUCAGAUAUGUUUAAUUUAUGCAGCCACAAAAGAUUAUCUUCUUAAUCUUCCUAUAGAAAAAGUACAAGAUUUUGAAACAAAAUAUUUUGAUUACUUAGAUAACAAUUAUCUUGAUGUCUUAAAAAAAAUUCAAUCCAACUGUCACUUAUCCGAAGUAGAGGAUCAGAUAAAGGAAAGUAUACAAAAGUUUUUAGAGCUUUAUAAAAAUGAAGCAUGA